AUGGGAUCAAUUAAAACAUUUAGAUUAAAACAAAGACUUGGAAAAUGCAGGAAACAAAAUAGGCCCGUACCUCACUGGUAUAGAUUAAGAAAGGAUACCAAAAUAAGAUAUAACACUAAGAGAAGACACUGGAGAAGAACUAAAUUAGGAUUAUAA